AACAUGGCAUCGUUGUAACUGUAGGUCAGAAGACGAGACCGGUUGACAGAAAGUUUGGUAUUCUACAUACUACUGUGAUGUGUCGUUCGUUGUGUAGUGUCAUCGUGCGUUGUAUCAACUUGACGGAAAAUUUAUUGACAAGUCGCGUGUCAGCGACAAUUACAAUUAUUUACGAUAACGACAACGUGAAUCGAAAAUAAUUAGCUGGCAGUGUGUGGUGCUGUGGGGCAGGAGACGAUGAGGGUCGGGGGGAUAAUUCGGGUGGCGACUUGAGGGCAGAAAUGUUGAAAUUUGGUAGUAAAAGUGACGUUACGGUGGUGCAUCGCGCCACUAUUCGACUUCUAGACGACGCCGAAAUUAUCCACUGUGACUUUCAGCCUCAGCACAAAGGAAGGUAUAUUCUGGAAUAUGUAUGCAAGCAACUCAAUAUCUUGGAAACGGAUUAUUUUGGGCUUCGAUAUGUGGAUCAUUGUAGGCAAAGGCAUUGGUUAGAUCUGGCAAAAACAGCGAUUAAGCAAGUAAAAGACAUGGACCCGAUUCUGUUUAGUUUUCGCGUGAAAUUUUAUCCACCGGAUCCUCUGAGGCUGAAGGAAGAAAUAACUAGGUAUCAAGUUUACCAGCAGCUUAAGAGGGACCUUCUUCAUGGACGACUAUAUUGCAGUCCAGGUGAAGCAGCGCUGCUGGCGGCGUGCAUCGUGCAAAGCGAAUUAGGGGAUUAUGAUCCUAAACUUCACGAAGGAAACUACAUUUCCGAGCAUAAAUUAUUGCUUAAACAGACGGAAGCUAUUGAAGAAAAGGCUAUGAAACUGCAUCAAACAGAAUUGAAGGGAUUCACUCCACAGCAAGCAGAAACUCAUUUCCUUAGGUUAGCAUCACAGUUGGAUACAUAUGCUGUUGAUCCACACCCCGUAAAGGACCAAAAAGGUGCACAACUAUAUCUUGGUAUUAAUCAUUGUGGAAUUCUGACAUUCCAAGGAUCUCGUAAAACACAUCAUUUCCGCUGGCCGGAGGUUCAGAAAAUCAACUACGAAGGGAAAAUGUUUAUUGUACAUUUAACAAUAAGUGAGGACGUAAGAACGAAGAAAAAGCACACAGUUGGGUUUAAGUGUCCCACGGGAUCGAACUGCCGCCACGUUUGGAGAUGCGCCAUCGAGCAAAUGUUAUUUUUCACAUUACCUAGGGCAUCGGAUGCACCGGUUGUAAGCGGUGGAUCCAUUUUCUCCUGGGGUACAAAAUUUAAAUAUACUGGUAGAACAGAAAAAGAGGUAUUAGAAGAAACGGGUCCACUUCGGAAAGAAGAACCACCUAUACAGCGAUGUCAAACUACGUGUCUUAGAAGAAAAGCUAGUAGUGUGCCAGCAACCCCUAGUACUCCUAGUCAAGAUCUUGUUGAAAUAAGAUAUUCCAGUUUGCCACGUAGCUGUCAUAGCGCAGGUUUAGACGGUGCGGGAAUGUCAGAAGGUAGUACUGGCGUUCCAUUCAGUUCGCCUUACUGUCCAGAUAAUACUUUGCCACUGCUAGAACCUGUUUCGGAGGACCAAGAAAUUCAUAGCAGAAGAAACAAUGCAGUAGACGAAAAUGAUACGCAUGUGAGAGCCACCCACAACACCACCACUACCACCACUACCACUACCACCAUCACUUUCAACACCACCACAAAUCGUACGAAAGUUAGAAUGAAAUGUCCCAAGAACACGCUGAACCGACCUCAACCGUUGUACAGUCAAAAAAUAGUGAUAGGCUCGGAGGAAUUAGUCGGGCGUGACAUCGAUAACGUCGUCAGGCAACGUAUAAAUACCUUCGAAAAGAGUCCGAAGGUUGUCAGAUCGACCGCCUUGAUAAUAAAGAGUUCUAAAAUAUCGGCGGAGUCAUUGAAAGCUGGUAAAGAGAUCGCGAACGAGACUUACGUAUUCCCGACACCCGAUUCGGGAACGAUUAUCACAACAGUGAUAGAUGACGGUCCGUUCGAUUCUAACACCGUCGGUAAGAUCUUGCGCAGGUCCAACGAGCAGGUAAGCAUGCUCGUUCGUCAGGAGAAUGAGGUUGAAUGUCGCGGCAUCGGAACCAUGACGAAAACGGCAAACGGUUACAUUGCAUCGGAAACAACUGACGUCGAAGACGUUAGAAACGAAGUCGAAGCCACGAAACGACGGGAAAGGACAGUCGGUCAGCAUGAAGGUGUAAUUAACGACUAUUACUUUAGAGAUUCUUUUGAUCAUUCGUCAUCGGAAAGUCAGUUAUUGGAUGCAUCUGGAAAACCGCACAGUCGUUCGGUGACGCCUGUACCGAAAAUGCAAAAACUUCAAAACGCAAAAGAAUUUCAUCAACAACAACAACAACAAUUGCAGCAAACUGGUCGACGUUCAAAAUCAAGGCAUAAGAGUCUUCGAAUCACGAGGCUUUUCAUUCCAGCUUUCAUGCUCACGAUCACAGUUUUGUUCACUGUGAUCGUUUUGGUAUUUGAAACAGACACAACGCUUUUUAAUAAUUUGCGUAAGACGCCAGAAAUGGUGGCCUUAAAGAACCAAUAUUAUGUCCCCAUCAAGGAGUUCUUGAGGACAAAGCUCGGCCUAUUUUGAUGUGACGCGAUGAUGACCAGGCUGAGGUCGCCCUUUGUCGCUAAGUAACUUCCUUCAGUGCCAAGUCAAGAAGUUGAUCGAGAAGCGAGAGUAUCGUAUUUCUUUCUCAUGUUCUUUCUUUUUAGAUAUAUGAAUUUACAUGCAAGAAAACGAAUUGUUUUUGUUAAGUUUUCUUCAUUUGUUUUUAUUCUGAAUAUAGUAUAUCAAAUUGAUACAGUGUAUUUGAUUUACACGUAUUAUUUCAAAUUGGCAUUUGAAGUUUUUGGAAUACUUAUUUGGAAAAUCAUUACUGUUUCUUAUCUUGCGUAUAUAAUAAUUUACUUUGGUUUAUAUACAUAAUUUACGUUUUUAUAACCUCAAAUAUAUUAAUAUAUUUAAUAUAAUAAACUAUUCUUACUACUUUAUGUACAGUAAUUUAAUCUAAAAUUUCAAAUAUCGCGAGAAUGGCCAAUUUUGCUGAAAUUUUUAUGGAUAUCUUGAUAGAUUUAAGAAAAUAUACUACAGGAAAAAAAGAUGCGAUUUUUUUAAAACUUCUGCCACAAAAGAAAUCACUUGUUCUUAUUUCGGCCUCUAUAACGACUGCCAAACUCACUCUAAUCAGAUCAUUUGUUCCAUUGUUUUUUUGUUUACACACACACACACACAUACACAUACACACACUUUAUAUAACAUAUUUAUGUUAAAAGUAUUUUAUUUGGAAUUAUAGAAAUGUGAAUCAUGUACGUAUAAACCAAAUAUGUAAAACAUUUUCUAAAUAAGUAUUAUUAUGGGAUUAAGGUUAUGUCCUAAUACAAAAGUGUUCCAAUAUUUCGCUAACAUUACAGCUAGCUUCACACAAGGAUCACACAAGAUAAAAGAAAUCGUUCUAACUUCAAAUACCAAAUUGAAUAUUUUGAAUCAUGACUCAAAACUCGAUAUAAAUAUGUCUCUGAAAAACUGUUAUCUGCGAUAAAAAAAGUACCUCCGAUUUAUUAUUUGUUUACUUUUUGCACUACACAUAUGUAUAUUUAAAUAUUGAUAACUUAAUAUAUUUACUCUGUCGAAGACGAAGUGUUUUGUACAAAAUAUUUACAUUGCGAGUUCUCGUGUUUUACUAUGUAAUAAGUUAUAUGUAAUUCGACGAAUUGUUAGAGAACUUUGUUAUAGUAAUAUUAUCGAAUUUAUUUAAUAAAUUUAGAUGAAAGUCAGUUUCUACGUAAUUACUAUUAUAUAGAAUGUGUCGCAAAUUGAGAAAGUCAUAUUUGUAUUUAAAUACAAAGGUAGAUUAUAUACAAGUAUGUACGUUUUCAACUUAUAAUUAGUAAUAGAAAUCAUGAGCAGAAACAUCAAGUAGUAUGUUGCACAACAUAUUUUUAUUUUUUAUGUAUAAUAAAACGAUAUUUAUACUUUAAUUUUAAAAUAAAAUUAUACUUUGUAUUAAAAAA